AUGGCGACGCAGACACAUCAAACGUCUGUGGACCCUAUGUGGCUGGAUCUUCGCCGCCGAUCCAAAGGUGGGUGUAUCGAUUGCAAAAUAGCCAAAGUUCGAUGCGAUGAGAUCCGCCCUUCAUGUGGUACUUGUGCACGUCGACAACGUCGUUGUCGAGGAUACCCCCCUCUCGCUAAUGCAGGACCCCAUUCUAAGGAGAGGCAACAAAGGUUCAUAUCGUAUGUCCCAACAAACGCGAGAAGAAAGCGAACCCUGGAGAACUCGAAUGCGCGACUGGAUGCGCAGACUCCGACGUCGCCAGCUGCAAGUAUCGAGACUAUUGCGGAAGAAAGGGACAGAUCCUUGUCCGUCAGCUCCGCCAUCAGCGUUCAAAGGGAGAUCGAACCGGCUUCAAAUCAGCUUGAAGUACCUGGGCUGCCAGUAUCUACGGCUACGGGCCUGACCAUCUCCUGCGAGUCGAUUCCAUCUCUUCCUCCCAUAUCCCGAUCAAUUCCGACGAUACCGCCUGGUACUAUUCCAGCAGACGAUGCAGAAACCAUCAGUGUGUACUUUAAUAGGCAUCCGUUUGAACAAGUCAUCAGCUUAGAGUUCGUUGACGAGAUGAACGCCUCGGUCUUGGUAGUACUUCAAGACAGUCCCCAGGCGGUUGGAGACGCCCUCUGCUCUAUUGGAUCUGUCUACCUCGAAGAAGAUAGCCAAGGUUCAUUACUCCCACUCGCUCUCGUCAGGCGUGCGAGAACUCUGGCCACUUUAAAAGCUAAGGAUCCGAGCCGUGAGUUAGAGCAAAUGCUUCUCAUGUCAUUAGCACUAGGUGCGAUGGAGGGUAUCGACACAAGAUGUAAACCUCACGAGCGUACAUCCUCCAUUUUAAUCGCUUACGCCGCAUCAAUUAUCAACAAGUACAUUGGGUCAGGCCUCGUCCUGAGCUCACUGGCCAAAUAUUUUAUUCGUGCCCUCGCCCGACAUGAUAUGGUCAUGUCAUUAAGCCGUCUACGCCGGAAUUCAAUCAAAACGGAAACAUGGCUUGAUGAGACCGCCAAUUCUCCUGAUCGAUUCAUGGGGUACACCACCACGCUAAUGCCGCUUCUGGAAGAAUUGUGUGGCCUUGCGGAGGAUAUCCGCCACAAUGCAGAGCCUGGUCGGGCCAUCACCUAUGGACCAGAGGAUGCUACGUCGAUAUUGCCCUCGAUAACACGGAAGGUCAACAAUUUACGCUCUCGGAUUCAAUCCUGGAGAUGGGUUUUCGACCAUAGUGUAUCUGCGAAGCCGUCAGGACGACUAAUGGCCCACGCUCAUGCAUACCGCGCCGCUGCUUUACUCAUGCUAUUUCGGCUGCUACAUCCCGCCGGAAGCUCGGUAGAAAGCGACCGAGAAGCCUUUGAGAUGGCUUGUGAAGUUAUGGUGCACUUGAAGGGCCCUCCAGAGGAAUUGAGGCUUUCAACCUGGCCUGCGCUGAUCGCUAGUUGUGAACUAGAGAGUGAAGAGGACCGGGCGGUCGCAAUCAACGUCUUCCGUAGUAUAUACAGCGUACGGAAGACCGGUACAUCACUGCAGACCAUGAAAUUCGUGAUGGAGAGGGUCUGGAGAGCAAGAAAUGAAGGACACGACUGGGAUUGGAUGACCCUGAGCCAAAAAUUCACCGGGGAAUGCGUACCGAUCUGA